AUGGGCAGGAUUAGGCGGUGGUGGGUGGCGAGGAGGAGGUGGUGGGCGGCUAGGAGGAGAUUUAGGCGGCUAGAAGGAGGGGCGCGCGAUCCUGGCUGGGUUGCGCGUUCCUGGGCAGGGGCGCGCGCUUCUAUGCUGAGGCGCGCGCUGCUCUGCUGGGUGGCGCGUGCUGCACUGCAGGGGCGCGCGCUGCUCUGCUGUGGUGCGCGCUGCUCUGCAAGGGCGUACGUCUCUGUGCUGGGUGGCGAGCGCUACUCUGCUGGGGCGCGCGCUGCUCUGCAGGGUGGCGCGCGCUAUUCUGCAGGGGUGCGCGCUGGUCUGCAGGGGCGCGCGCUGCUCUGCAGGGUGGCGCGCGCUAUUCUGCAUGGGUGCGCGCUGGUCUGCAGGAGCGCGCGCUACUCUGCUGGGGCGCGCGCUGCUCUGCAGGGUGGCGCGCGCUGUUCUGCAGGGGCGCGUUCUGUUCUGCAGGGUGGGGCGCGCCGCUUGACUGGAUGGCGCGCGCUACUUAAGGGAGCUUACUACGGAGCGACGGAGCGACUACAGAGCGACUACGGAGCGACGGAGCGGCCCUAG